CCUCUUUCUAUCUCUCUCCUCGUCUGCUUCUUCUCAUCCUUGUCUUCCCCCUUUCUCAGCCUGCUGCUGUGUCGUGCUGAGAUGUGUGAUCAAAAAAAAAAAGGUGUUGACCUCGGAGACGAUGAAGACGAGCUGUCAGUCAGUGAUGACUCUGAGCCUGAGGAGAGACCCACCAUGGCGCCGUUUGACCCUGAGCUUGACCACAGUGAUGAUGAUGAUGAUAAUGAAGAGGUGUGCUGUGCUCCUGCUGGCCUCAGAAAUCAGGCUCAGUUCAGUCUGAGAGGAGGUAGCUCAGCCUUCUCCAACCGCUCCCAAAGCAUCUUUGACUGUCUGGACAAUGUGGCCCGGCCCCCUCCUUCUUCCUCCUCCUCUGUGAACCAGCAGAAAGAUGGCGUUUUUGCUAGGCCUCAGGCUCCGCCCCCAGCAGGAAAACUACCAGCCUCCACUGAGCCCCCCAACCCGGUCAAGAGGAGGGGAACCCCUGACUACCUGCUUAAUCCAGAGCGCUGGACCCACUACAGCCUGGAGGACACCAGUGAGACAAGUGACCAAGGUAACACCAGGGCUGCCCUCAGCUUCCUGUCCACUCUGCAGGAGCGGAAGGAGGAGGACAGGAAGCAGAAAGAGGAGGAGGAGGCAGAGCGCAGCUGCAGUGACUCCUUCCCCUGUAACCUCCAGAAAAAGAUGAUCUUCAGCAGACCCAGCAGGCCGAAGAGAACAACCUAUGGUGAGGAGCAGAGAGAAGGAGACGCUUCUUAG